AAUGAACCAACCACCUCUGUCUGUAGAUUCAAGCUAAAUAAACCUUUUAAAAAAUUUAGAUGACAUUGAUGAUAUCUUUAAUGGAUUAGCAUAAGAUGAUGGAGCAUAAUUAGAUUAAGAUUUUGAAGAUUUCUUAGAAUGUUUUAGUGAUGAUGAAGAUUCUGAAGAGGAAUCUAAUUUUAGGCCAUUUCCUAGUUUUAGAAAUGUAACUCCAUCAGUUUAAUUUUCAACAUUUGCUGAAUCAGAUUAAGUUAUAAAGAAACAAACAGAAGAAAGACUUUUAGCACCUCCUGGAGAUCAUUAAUUUCCAGUUUAUGAUGAUUAAUAAUAAGAAGAUUCAGUUGAUGAAGAUGAUGAUCUUUCUGAUUUUUUUGAUAGCUUUGGUAAUGUUAAAUAGUUUAUUUAGAUAUUAAUAAUACUCAUUAAAAUAAAGAAGAUGAAGUAAAUUAUAUUGAAAUUAAAUAUUUUGAUGAAACAUAUAAAAUACCUAUUUUUACAGCUAAAUUAUUUGAACCAGAAUAACCUCUAGAAGAUAGACUCCUUUUUGAAAAUACUGAAUUAGUUUUAUGUAAAACAGAAAUGCAUGAUUUUCAUAAGCAUUUAGAAAGCAUCAUCACUAAAGUAUUAAUUUAUGCAAUAUUUUGAAAGGAUUAAAAAAAUUUUAAUGAUUUCACAUUUUCUGUCAUGAUUUUGAAAAUUCAAUCUGUUUUACUGGCAGAUCUUCUUAAAUCCUUUUAAAAAGUAUUCAAUUUAUAUGACAAAUUAGAUGAAAGAUUCUUAAUAAGUAUGGUUAGAUGCUUCCCCAUCUUUUAUUUGUUAAGAAAAGGUAACUUAAUUUGGAAGAUAAUUAAAAUUAUUUUAAGAAUCAGUUAAUUAUGUUAUAGAUAGUAAUUCCAAUAAAAUUACAAGUAGAAGAUUUUUUGAUAAAUAAAAACCAGCAUAUUUUCAAGACAAAAAGAAAGAUAAUAAAAAGAAAGAAUUAACAGAAGAAGAAAAGUAAUUGUAUUUUUAUAAUUAGAAUAUUGGAACUAUAAUAAAUACCAUAUAAUCAAAAUUUUAAUCCUCAAUCUAGUUUAGUUUGUAUUCUAUUUUUUAAAGCUUAAGCUUUAUUUGAAUCAUGGUAAUAGUUCUUACAUUAUAAAAAGAACUCUGAAAAAUAUAAAGAAGUAUUAAUAUCAAAUAUAAAAUAGAUUACUAAUAGAUUUGCUCGAUUAUAUGGACAUUGGAAAACUGUGAAAUUAUUGAAUAAAUUUGCAAAAUUUACAACAAGAACAAAAUAAAUUUUUCUAAAACCAUUAAAAGGAGAUGAUCAAUAAGAACUGUAAGAGGAAUUGAAAUUCUACUAAAACUUCUUAUCCAUGAAGACAAUAGGGAUAAUUAAUAAUUUGGCUUAAUCCCCAGCUUUAAAUAUUAAUGGUGGAUAAUUGAAAAUAAAAUCAUUAAAUCAGAUUAGAGCACCAUAAAGAUAAAAAUACAUUUCUUAACAAUAUCUCCAAUAUACGUAAGAACUAUUUUGA